AUGACGAUGAUGAUCACAAUUUUGAAACUUUUUCACGAAGAAAUAAUGCAGCAACAACCUGCUGAUAAAGAUAAUCGUGAAAGUUUCUUGUCAUCAUCAUCUCCUUCUUCUGCCAGAAAUCCUAAACGUAGACAAUUUCAAAAAUCGUUGGAACAUUUUCAAUUUGCAUCAAGGUCUGUUUCACUUCUGAGAGAAUCUUUGUCAUGUCGAGAGAUCCAGUUAUUCCAUCAAGAAAACCAACAACAACGCCUACCAGAAAUUACAAAGAUCAAUGAGCUACAACGAAAACCUUAUAAACGAUUACCAAUUGAUAAAAACAAAUUCGUGCGUCCUCUCUUAUUAUCUUCUGCAUCUACUAGAACUACAUCUAAUCCAACAUCUCAACGUCAUCGGCAACAAUUGGACAACAAUAAUAAUUAUAAUGAACCAAUGGAAAGAGGAUCACUCUAA